GGGAGUGGGGCAGGCAUAGUCCUGGUUUUCGUAACGCAAAGAUCUCAGUACCAAGAAACGUGACUUACCCAGAGCCAAGGUAUUGAAGUGAGGACAGAAGCUCAUGAAACUAGAUAGUUAUAGAAUUAGAAAUCUGGAUAAACUUUAGAAAAGGUGGAGUCCAAUGGCCUCAUCUUGCAGACGGGAACUCUGAACACUAGCAAGAGAGAGAGAUUGGUCUUUCAUCAGUAUUCUGUGUUAAGCACUUGACGGUCACAUCUAGUAUGAGAGCACAUUCUGCUCCAAGGUGCUCACUUCCUAGGAUGGGACGGCCGUAAUAAAGAUAUUCUGUCUUGGGAUUCUUUUUAACCAGGAAAGCGCCCAUGGAUGCUAACAGAGAAACUCCAGGAGUUUUUGGAACUCCCUUGAAAAAACGUGUGCCUCCGCUCCUAUAGCACACAACCUGGUCUGCCCCCUCCUGAAAGGUGUCAGUGAACCGCAUGUUUAGGUUGACUUUGGAAGACCCUGAGUGGAGACAUUUUCAAUGUCCUACUCACACCUCACGGAGGAAGGGGCUUGGUCAGAUGGCUCAAGGACAGAUUGGUGCUAAGAGUGUCUAAGGCAGAUUCAUUGUUAGACACUCAAUACAUGGUGAUCCUUGGGAAAGUUAUUUAAAUUCCUUAGAUUUUGAUUCUCUUAUUCAUAAAUUGAACACAGUAGAGUCUACCUCAUAGGGGUGUUGUACAGACUAAAUGAAUAAGUGUAGAUAAAAUACUUAGAAUAGUACUUGGCCAUUACAAUGUCAGCUGUUUAAUUUUAUUAGAGUACCUGUGAAUUCACGGACACACACAACACACACAAACCCAAGCAAACACACAACUGUGGCCCUUUGCAUGAGUCUGGAGAUAGUCUCAUGGAAGUUAGCUCACUGACUUCUCAAUAAAAGAAUGAAGCAUUUGAUUCGGUCUGUUCAACAUCGAGGGUAUCAGCCAGCAAAAUCUGCCGAGCUUACCAUUAGACUAUUCUUUCAUUCAGUGUUACCGUGGUGGUUGUAACACAGAGUCCCCUGACUGAGAAAGAGUAUACAUCAUGGGGUUCUAUUGAGGGUGCACCAUGUCUGAACUCUGCUUUACUUUUUGCCUUCUCUGUGAACUCUUCCCUGAAGAGUCCAGCCAGAAGUGCUGGUUGUCCUCACCUGAUUUCCUAUAAUAUUUAUAAUCUGUGCUGUGCACUUUAGAUUUAGUAUUUAUUGUUUUAUUGUUUGUUUACUUUUAGCCUUUCGGUGUACAUAUAUUUUCUCUCUCAGAUCAUUCUGUAAACCUGGGGGGACGGCAUUACUCACUUUAUUUACUCACUAUGUUACUCCCUUCUGUACGCCCAAAGUGCAGAGCAAAGCGUCUUACACACAGAACGUGUUCAAUAAAGGCCUUUGAUUGCACAACCAAAGGUUUGAUGAUACUGGCUUUUCUGAUUCCCAAUGACCCGGUGCUUAAUUAGCAACCUCGGUAGAAAUGACCUAUUUUCACCUAUUUCAUGGCCUCCUUAAUCUUCACUAUGGCAAAAAGAUGUAACCAAACUGUCUUUCCCUUAUUUCUCCUUACUGUCAACAUUUCCCCCAUAAUAUUUAAAAGCAGGUUCGCAUUAGAUUUUCUGGCUGAGAGGCUAUGUAAAUAGAAGGCACUAGAAUUGGGAUGUGUGGGUUUUGGUGGUGAAGAAAAGCCAAAUUGUCUAUCCUGUCGGAAGUCAAACCAUGUGACGUUUCCUUCAAGUGCAGACUACCUUCUGUGUCUGAAUUUCCCGUGGCCAUGGCCCGAGGCUCAGUAACAACUGUUGGCCGGUUAUUAAAAAAGUAAAACAGGGGCGCCUGGGUGUCUCAGUCAGUUAAACGUCCGACUUCGGCUCAGGUCAUGAUCUCACGGUCCGUGAGUUCGAGCCCCGCGUUGGGCUCUGUGCUGACUGCUCAGAGCCUGGAGCCUGUUUCAGAUUCUGUGUCUCCCUCUCUCUCUGCCCCUCCCCUGUUCAUGCUCUGUCUCUCUCUGUCUCAAAAAUAAAUAAACGUUAAAAAAAAAAGUAAAAAAAAAAAAGUAAAACGGGCGCCUGGGUGGCUCAGUUGGUUAAGCGUCUGACUUUGGCCCAGGUCUGAUCUCACCGUUUGUGAGUUUGAGCCCCACAUCAGGCUCUGUGCCUUUGGAUUCUUUGGAUUCUGUGUCUCCCUCUCUCUCUGACCCUCCCCCACUAGCACUCUGUGUCUUUCUCUCUCUCAAAAGUAAAUAAACAUUUAAAAAAUAAAUGAGUCAAACAAAAAUCUCUUUGGCGUAAGGUAGGGAUUAGAUCAUGAUUUACCCAUCCAUUUCCUAGCCAGUUUUCCCCCACGUUUACCAUCAAUACAGGCAAAAAUGUGAUAGCCUUCUAGAAUCAUCUACAAGAGUGGCACAACUUCGCCAUCUGUCCCCUGUGUUCUAAUUACACCAGUGUAGUAGAUGCAACACAGCCUCAUGUGAUCAUCCGAGAUAAAGAUGAGGCAUUAAAGCACAAACAAGUGACUCAUUUUAAUGGAUUUGCUUCAGACGAGAGAAACCUGUAAUUUCUCUUAGGCGUGCUUGAUGGACCCAUUGUGGAGUGAAUCACACACUUACACAAGCCUAGAAACCCCGGGCGGUUUUACUUCUCAGAUAGGCUUCUCACAACAGGUGGCUGGUUUGCACCGGGGCCUCUUGGAUUUCCCUUUCAAAAAUGGAGAAGAGAGAUCACAGCCACUGAAGGGGGGACCAUGAGAGGUGCAAAGGCAGGCACGCAUGAUGGUGGGGCACAGCGGUGGGGAACUCAGUGCCGACUUCCCUGCUGGGCUGCUAGAUUUCCUGGAUGCGGCUCCUUAUGAAACAGCUCCUCCAUGGCAAGGGACAGCUGGUAAGAGUGACUGAAUCCAUCUGAUUGCUGAGAUCAAGAACGCGCAAACAACUUGUUUAGCCAUCUGACUAUAUAACCAGAGUUCUAAUUACACCAGCGCAGCAGAUGGGAUGCACGGUUAUGAAAUUCAGCUGAGGGGAACAAAACACACACACCCCAACAUGUGGGUCAGCAGACUCUAAGGUCCUCACCCUCAGUUAACCUUUCUGAACUGGUUCUUCCCAUCAAAGGGAUUGGCCAAGGAGUGUGAGGUGAAGAUCCUAAUGUGUGAAAAAUGAAGUCCCAGGAAACGAUGCUUUGCUGUUUAAUGUUAUUCCUGGCCACGGAAUGUUCUCACUAUAGAUCCAAGGUGCGCAUCAAAGAUGGAGAUAAACAUCAACAUCCUGAAGGGAAACUCAAGACUGGAACGAUACAAGAGAAAUGCCGUGGACCUUGCCUCACUGCUUCCAACUGCAGCCAGCCUUGUGCUCAGCACUUUCGCGGAGAAAUAGGAUUUACAUGUCAUCAAAACAAGUGGCAAAAAUCAACUGAAACGUGUACAAGCUUAUCUGUGGAAACAUUCUUUAAGGACUUCAAUAGUGCAUUACGCCUUUCCGUAGCCGCAGCAUCUGUCCCUCUGUACGUUCUUGACUUCCGAGCUCCAGAGCCCCUGGAGAGUGUAGCCCAAGGAAUCCGCAGGAACUGUCCAGUUGAUUACGCCUGCAUAAUUGAUGUUGUGAAAUCAUCAGAAGCCACGUCUGGAAACAUUGCAUUUAUAGUGGAGUUAUUAAGAAAUAUUUCUACGGAUUUGUCCGACAAUGUUACCCCAGAGAAGAUGAAGAGUUAUAGUGAAGUGGCCAACCACAUCCUCGAUACAGCAGCCAUUUCAAAUUGGGCUUUCAUUCCAGACAAAAAUACCAGCUCGGAUUUUUUGCAGUCAAUGAAUCUGUUUGCAAGGCAACUCCACAUCCACGAGGAUUCUGAGAACAUUGCAGAUGAACUCUUCAUUCAGACAAAGGGGUUUCACAUCAACAAUGAUACCUCAGAGAAAAAGUUCAACUUCUCCACGAGCAUGAACAAUAUGACAGAGGGUAUCAUAGGAAUGAUAGAAAUUCCCAGGCAAGAGCUGUGGAAGUUGCCACCAAAUGCAUCCCAAGCCAUUAGCAUAGCUUUUCCCACCUUGGGGGCCAUACUGAGAGAAGUCCACCUGCCGAAUGUGAGUCUUCCUAGACCUGUAAAUGGUCUCGUCCUUUCAGUGAUUUUACCAGAAAGAUUGAAGCAGGUCUUACUCACCUUCGAGAAGAUCAAUAAAUCCCAGAAUGCCCGGGCCCAGUGUGUUGGCUGGCACUCCAGGAAAAGGAGGUGGGACGAAAAUGUGUGUGAAACCACGCUGGAGAUCAUGAACAAAGUAAAAUGCCAGUGUAACUACACCGGCAUGGUGAUGUCCUUUUCCAUUCUGAUGUCCCCCAAAUCUGUUGACAGCAAAGUCCUGGACUACAUCACCUGCAUUGGGCUCAGCAUCUCCAUCUUUAGCUUGAUUCUUUGCCUGAUCAUUGAAGCCGCUGUGUGGUCCCGGGUGGUUGUGACAGAGAUAUCCUACAUGCGUCACGUGUGCAUCGUCAACAUCGCCGUGUCGCUCCUGAUUGCUAACGUGUGGUUCAUCAUAAACUCUAACUUUCACAAAAAGGCCCAGGACUCCAACUGGUGUGUUGCACUGACAUUUUUCAGCCACCUUUUCUACCUCUCUCUGUUUUUCUGGAUGUUCUUCAAAGCACUGCUUAUCGUCUAUGGGAUAUUGGUUGUUUUCCGCAGGAUGAUGAAGUCCCGCAUGAUGGCCAUCGGCUUUGCCAUUGGCUACGGGUGCCCGUUGGUCAUUGCUAGCACCACAGUUGCUAUCACAGUCCCGGAGAAAGGCUACAUGAGACCCGACGCCUGCUGGCUUAACUGGGACAACACCAAAGCCCUUUUGGCAUUUGCCAUCCCAGCCUUGGUCAUUGUGGCCGUGAAUCUUGUGGUGGUUUUGGUUGUUGCUGUCAACACUCAGAGGCCCUCUAUUGGCAGUUCCAAGGCUCAGGAUCUGGCCAUAAUUAUGAGGAUCAGCAAAAAUGUUGCCAUCCUUACCCCAUUGCUGGGACUGACCUGGGGUUUUGGAAUAGCCACACUUAUAGAAGGCACUUCCUUGAUAUUCCAUAUAAUCUUUGCCCUGCUCAAUGCUUUCCAGUCCCUCAUACUUCGGUUGAAUUUUGCCACAGGGAUUCUUCAUCUUGCUGUUUGGAACCAUCAUGGACCACAAGAUAAGAGAUGCUUUGCGGAUGAGGAUGUCUUCACUGAAGGGGAGAUCAAGGGCGGUAGAGAAUGCAUCAUUAAGCCCAACAAAUGGAUCUAAAUUAAUGAAUCGGUGAAAAUGACAGGCCACUCCAUUCCUCAUGGAUGUUCCCUGUCUUGGACUGAGAGUUGACGUCUGGGAGAGGGAGACUGGAAUGCAGAGACAACCCGUGCUUCCCCGGAAGACUUUCUCUUCUUGCCAGGCGUGACAGUUAAGCUGUCAGGGCGAACAUGUUUGCUGAGGAAAAAGAAUACCGUUUGGUGUAGGGGCUUCAAGGAGGUAGAACCACUGACUCUGCCCAUGACUUGCAAGAGUCCGGCUUCUUGAUCAGCCUUGGCAAGAUUAAGUCAAAGAGCCAUUUUCUGACCUGCUGGACACGCCUGGGGCUCUACUGGACAUUGUGUGCUUUCACUCCCAAGGCCUGCUCUGUGGCUCCAUAGGACCUGUCAUUGUCACUCUGGAGGGAUCCUGGGCACUUUGGGGGACGGGAGUUAGAUCCAGUUUCAGGGGUAGGGGGUGGGCAUGGGUGUUGGGGGUGGGGUGGCAGCAGAAAUACUGAAGUACUUUGGAAACAGUUAAGUUAUGGCAGGUUUCCUAAAGAUAGGCAACAGAGGCAAAAUAAAAGGUCUUUUAAACGUGCUUAUUAUUUUAGUCUAUUUUAGGCCUUGAAUAAAAUAGUUUAACUGCUA